GAAGGAAAACUCCAACUGUCAAAUUGAACAGACAAAAAACAAUAGAACUUGAGAAAAAAAACCAAGCGCCGAGCGGUUAAAUUAAAGGAAGUGUAUGUAAAAGCGAUAUCAAGCAUUACACAAGUAAUUUUUUUCCAUUGCGUGUUAAUAUUUUUGUUGAGCGAAGACAAACUACAUCGGUAUAAACAUGGUGGAUUACAGCAAAUGGAAAGAUAUUGAGAUCUCGGACGAUGAAGAUGAUACGCAUCCAAAUAUUGAUACACCAUCGCUCUUCCGUUGGCGGCAUCAGGCCCGCGUCGAACGGAUGCAGGAACAAGAGAAAAAGAAGGAAACGAUAGAGAAGAAGAAGCAGACGACGGUGGAUAAGCUAAAGGAUGCAAAGGAAAAGCUGCAACGAAAGGAAGGCAAUCUGGACGAGCUAAAGAAAAUCAUUGAUGAGCUGGAAAGUGAGCAGGAGCGCGUGAGGCAGGAAGAAGACGAGCUGCGCAAGAAGGAAAAGAUGCAACCGUGGAACGUGGACACGAUCAGCAAGCCGGGCUUUGCCAAGACGGUCAUCAACAAGAGUGCAAUCAAUCGAAAGGAGGAAGAACUAACCGACGAACAGAAGGAGAUGAACCUGCGGGAUUUUAUCAAGCAGUACGAGAAGCAGUUGAAGCAAUUCGGCAUGCUGCGGAAGUACGAUGAUUCGAAAAAGUUCCUGCAGGAUAAGCACCAUCUGGUGUGCGAGGAAACGCCCAACUAUCUCGUCAUCUGGUGCAUUGAGCUGGAGAUGCAGGAAAAGCACGAUCUGAUGGCGCACGUGGCGCACCAGUGCAUCUGCAUGCAAUACAUAUUGGACAUUUCCAAGCAGCUCGAGGUAGACCCGAGGGCCUGCGUGGCGUCUUUCUUUCAGCGCAUCCAGGAGGCGGAAACCGAAUACAAGAACCAGUUCUUGGGUGAAAUUGAAGCGUUCAAAGAGCGGAUCCGUAAGCGAGCGCAGGAGAAGCUGCAGAAGAUUAUCGAGGAACAGGAAGAGGAAGAGCGUAAGGCGAGGAUCGGUCCCGGUGGAUUGGAUCCGGUCGAGGUGUUCGAAUCGCUGCCCGAAGAGCUACAGAAGUGUUUUGAAACGCGAGACAUUGGAAUGCUGCAGGAAGCGAUGGCCAAACUGCCACCGGAGGAAGCUCGCGCACAUCUGGAGCGCUGCAUAGAUUCGGGCUUGUGGGUACCGGACGCGAAGAGUGCCGCCGCAGCCAAGUCUGGGGCUGGUGUUGAGGAUGAAGCACAGGAACCGGUGUAUGUGGAGGUAAAGAGUAGAAGUGCAGAUUCAAAAACGGAGGCCAACGAGCAAGAGGAGAAAAAUUAAAAGCCGAUCAACAUCUACCGGGAUACAUCUAGCGAGACAUAGCCAGACCGCAAAAUUGUCGCAAAAUUUGUAAAGUCAACAACCGAUAACUGUACACAUGCGAGAGAGAAAGUUUAGUUUCGUGUAGGUUUGUAUGUUUUGCAAAAAAUCAUUUUAAAUAUAGUACGGCUUGCAGUCCUGUCUUUUGGCGUAACGAACCUACAAAACGAAUGUCUGCCUAUAUAUCGGCUUACUUCUUCCUCUUAGUUUAAAGACCUCUAAAGGUCAUGCCUGCCAUUGCUGGGUUAGUAGACUUAUUUUUACCACGUAAUCGGACAGUUAAUCCUUGCUACAACGUUGGCUUACUAAACUGUGGUUUUCACAAAUUCGGUCAGGAAGUUCUUGCGAGGAUCUUACUUGACCUGAUGCGAUCAUUCGCUAUGUGUUGUGUUCGAUCGAAUGACCGGAAUCGGUAGCUUGGAAUGUAUCUCGUACUACACCGCUCGAUGCGUAGAAUAAUGUAUUAAUGUCGCACAUCCGUCGUCAUCCAUGCUCUACCAUAACUAGUAAAACGUAUUGUUUCGUAAGAAAAUUUACUU